GAUUUCACUAAUUUCCUGUGAUACAAAAUAUUUCACGGGCCGGUGUAAAACUCGCCUUAAAUCGAGUGGAAAUUAUUAAUUUAUUGAAAAAGUUAUUUUUUCUCUCAUGUUACAUGUUACUUAGAAGGGGACACCGAACGUUAAAUUUUCUCUGGGUGGCUUUCAAUUCAAAACGGAGGUUUCCACUGAAUUUUUGGUCAAAUUCCUCCCAUUUUUUUCGUGAUCCACCUUACUAAAAACUAUAAACUAAUGUAUGGCAUCGAAGGUAAUAUAGGUGCCAAAUUUGCUGUCAGAUAAAGGGGACUGGACAGAUACAUUAACAUAAUAGCCAUGAUUUCAUGAAACGCCCUGCUUACACAAAGAACAAUUUCUCGAAGGAUGAACAUCGAAGUGGCACCUCUUUAAUAGCUCGUCUACCUGUCACCAACUGUAUAAAAAUUCCGUCCUCUGCAAAUCACCCCGUAGUUUGGUUAUUUCCCCUUUAUUCCGUGACGAAAUUUUUUAAUACGUGAAAAAAUUGCCUUAAUGACUAUUAAAAAUAAGAUGCUAACCAGAUAGAGAGUAUUUAUUUCAAUGUCAACCCAAUCAUCGGAGUAAAUUUUGCGAAAAGAUUUCUCCGUAGAGAUUUUUCUCAUGUUCGAGUUAAGUUACUCGUAGUGUAGUUGUUUUCCAAACCUCAUAGUGUAUCUAAUAAGAGCAAGAGCCAGUUGCAAGAUUACGCAAACGAAUGAUGAGGAAAAAAAUACCCAGUUGUAAAAAGUGAUCUAUGCAACCGUGUAGAAGUGUUAAUCGCAUUUCGUGUGUUUUUUUUUUAAACCAACAUAUCGGACGGCGUCGCUCCGUAUUGACGAUGCUAUGCGGUAUACGAAUGAUACAUCAGAAUCGACGACAAUUGGGUAAUGAAGAUUUACUACGUUUUAUUUCACUAUUCGCACAAUGAGUAAAAAAACGAUCAACUUGUAUCACCUAGUUUGUAUCAUACUUAUUGCCCUGAACGGAAGUGUGGUCAGUGAGGAGGAUGUAGGGCCGAUGAUUUCGCAGUUUUUGAUUGAAUGGGAGGAUGAGGCUUCGGAGAUGUGUUACCAGUCCAAUACAGCUACUUGGAAUUAUAUUACCAAUUUGACAGAAUUUAAUAAGCAUAGAAUGAUAGAGUCGCAAUCGUUGAACUCGAAAUUCGAACGAGCCUCGUGGAGAAAAUCAGUCUCCAUGAGAUGGAAUCAGAACCUAGAUCCUGUAACAAAACGUCAACUAAAAAUAUUAUCAUUGAAAAGACAUUACGCUCUCUCCGAUGUUCAAUUUUCUGAGUUACAACAACUGAUCAUCGAUAUGAAAGAUCUAUACACCAAAGCUCGAAUAUGCCCAUUCAGAGGAUCCUCUUCAACCUCCUGCGAACUAGCUAUCGAACCAGACGCAACCCGUAUCCUAGCUCAUUCCCGAGACUUCGAGGAACAAUUACACGUCUGGAGAAGCUGGCGAGACGCAGUUGGCCCAUCUGUCAAACCACGAUAUGCCAGAUACGUCGAACUAGUGAACGAAUCAGCUAAACGAAAUGGUUUUAGCGAUGCCGGAUACGAGGAGAGGUCUGUUUACGAGACUCCCGAUUUCGAAACCGAAUUAUCCGCUCUGUGGGGGCAGAUUUUACCUUUGUAUAAGCAUCUCUUUACCUACGUCCGAAGGCAGUUGGUCAAUUACUACGGGACACAUAGGAUCAAACCGGAUGGUCCUAUUCCUGCUCAUAUAUUAGGUAAUAUGUGGUCUCAGUCGUGGAAAAAUAUUAUCGAUCUCGUGUUACCGUUUCAAGGUAAAAGGAGGACUGAUUUUACUGCUGAAAUGCUUCGCCAAGGGUAUACUGCUCAUCGAAUUUUCCAAGUAGCUGAAGAAUUCUUCACAUCAAUGGGUAUGAAACCGAUGCCAGUGGAAUUUUGGCGUAAUUCUUUAACCAUUAGACCCGAAGAUAGACCAGUAACUUGUACAGCCUCAGCUUGGGAUUUUUGCAACAGAAAAGACUUCAGGAUUAAGCAAUGUACCGAAAUCACGAUGGACGAUAUGAUGACCACUCAUCACGAAAUGGCUCACAUACAAUACUACUUACAAUACUCUCAACAACCUUUGAUUUUCCGCGAAGGUCCCAAUCCUGGAUUUCACGAAGCCAUCGGUGAUAUGGUUUUGCUAUCGGUUAUGACCCCCAAACACUUGCAAAGAAUCGGAUUACUGAAUAAUGUCACCGACGAUUACGAGACGAAUAUCGAUUUUUUAAUGGAAGUCGCUCUCGAUAAAAUUGCAUAUUUACCAUUCGCCUAUUUAGUGGAUCUUUGGCGAUGGAGCGUAUUCCGUGAAGGUAUUAACGAUAUGAACCAAAGAUGGUGGGACUUAAAACUCCGAUAUCAAGGAAUAAUACCGCCUAUAACUAGAAACGAAAAUGAUUUCGACCCUGCUUCUAAGUACCAUGUCAUUGCUGAUAUUCCUUAUAUUAAGUAUUUUGUAAGCUUAAUUAUACAGUUUCAGUUACACGAGAGUGUUUGUAUAGCAGCUGGUCAUAUUGGACCGUUGCAUCAGUGUGAUAUUUAUAGGUCUAGAGAUGCUGGCAAAUUAUUGACUGAAAUAAUGUCAAUUGGUUCAUCAUUAUCUUGGCGAGAAGUUAUAAAAAUAGCCACUGGUGGUAGGGCCAAUAACUUGGAUACGAGACCAUUACUUGAAUACUUCAAACCUUUGUAUAAAUGGCUAGAAGUUCAGAAUCAAAACGAACCAGUCAUCGGAUGGAGCAAUACUAAAUUUGAAAAUGCUCAGUUCGAACCUUGGGAACGCGGAAAAGCCGAUCGAAGCCGAAGCUCGAAUGUUUUUAUAUUUUUAAUAAUUUUUAAAGCAUUGUUAUUGUAUUCGUUUAGUUAAAAAUGAUAUCUUUUUUCUCGCGGUUA